AGUCAAUUGGUUUGAGGACUGAACACAGAGAGAGAAAAGGAGAGAUUCGAAGAUACAAAGUAUGGAGUUAGAGUUAAGAAGAAGAAGAAGAAGCUGCGCGCACCUAUCAUCCUGUUUAUGACGAGGCAGCCAACAUCUAGACGGCCCAAUCGGAAAGGCUCUUCCGGAGCAUCUGUGACGAUGGCAUUGGGGUCGUUGUCCAAAAGGACAGGCCGGAACCGAUCACUGUCGCUGUCAGAAAUGUGAGGGGGAUCUCCAUUAAGUGCCGUCGAUAUGGCCAUCGCUGCAGCUUUGAUUUACAGUGCAGCACGGAGCAUGGAGCAAGGGGCGUGGGUUCAGUCAGAGAGCUAACAUGGUAAUCACCAACGAAAUCAACUCUGUAUUAGCCCUCUUGCAGAAGGACAAGAGAGAGAGAAGGGUGAAGCAAGUGGAGAGUAGUAUUUAACAGUAGUCAGGAUUAUGCUUCUUCUGACUGACAUCAACGACGAAUCUGCCUUGUGGUUCCCCCAGAGCCGCAACCACCCUUUUUGGGCAGCUGCCAACCACAGGCGCAGAGCCGCAUGUCAAAGCUCUCUUCUCUUCGCGUUUCUUCAGGCUCAGGCUCGUGUAUGCUCCUCCAGAAGCCAUACAUAGCCCACUCUUGGGAGUUCGCUAACGUGGACGAAGCACAGGCAGCGAGAACCAUAUGCUCUCAUGAGCAUCCAUCCUUGGCAAGCCACCAAAGCACCAUUCCCUGCUUGUCCCUGCUGCGGCGCUGCGGUGGGAACCCACGCUCUCACUGCAUCAGAACUGCAUCUGCGCUGUAGUAACCCGCCAGUCCGCUUGGCUUCCUCUCCCCCGGGCCCGGUCCCUGGAGUUACGAAGUGAAAUUAACCUAGUGGGGAAGGAAGAGUAUCAUCAGUCACGGACCACCUUAUGGGCCCUGUGCCUCGGAUGGAUGCAACUCCGUAAGGAGGAGGCCAACCCUUCAACCCCUGGAUACAUCCAUGCCGAGAGCUUAUGAUGACUCUCAGUCAGGAAACCAAAAUAAAGAGGUCGUUUGUCGCUGCCAGGGAGUAACAUCCUCAUGGUUGGCUUGCACAGCCACCUAUUCCACCUCCAUCUUCAUCCGCAAAUCUGCAAAGAACACUUUUUUUUCUCUCUAGGUAGGGUUUCUGCAUAUCGAAUUGCUGCAUGAAUAACAGGAGGUCGAAAACAUCGCAUUAUUAGCCUUAACAACCGCUUCCGAGGACCAAAUCUAAUCUAUCAAAAGUUAAAAUCUGAAAUAUCGAGGGGCCGCUUUCGAGCCUUCCAUGGCCCUCCCUGUUCAAAUCAGUGAUGUUUUGGUCUUAAGUCAACUGGCUUGGAAGGUAUAUAAUUUCGCUUUCGAGAAGAAGUUGAAACCAAGCACACAAUACAAGGAGUUUGCCAAUGACGUUAAGUCUCUUGCAACGAACCUAGAAAACAUCUAUCGCGUGGCUUCAAAUGCUACAUUCCAACUUGAGACCUCCCCCUUAGGGCGGUCAAGAGACUCCAAGCAACUCUGGGAUUUGUCUUCGCUGAAUAAGAUACUCGGGGAUUAUCACGAGACCCUGCAGCAUUGUGAAAAGCUACUUCGAGACAAUUAUCGAUAUAAUAAUGCGUCCGAUCCUCGUCGAGGCAUAUCAUGGAACAGCUUUGUGCAGCCAGACGUCGAUCGUUUGCGGAGCCGGAUAUCUUUACACAACCUGAAAAUAUUUUUUGUUCUUAAGCCCUUCGAGAUCGAUCUUCUCUUCCGCGUCCAUCAAGAUCUUGCUGCUCGGAUGAGCAGUAUGCAUAACGACCUGCGGCGCCUGAUGGGAGUGAUAGUCCCAGAUUUCAAAGAAGAGAUGGACCACCAGCGGAAAGACGAAACUUUUGUCAUUGAAAUUCCUCCAAAUUUCUCGCUUAAAUUUCAGCAAGCCGCAGAGAUCAAUCAUCCCGAGUUUGCCAAUGGAAGGCAACUGCCUCUCGCGGAUACCGCCAACGCAUUCGUUUUUCACUUUGGAAAAGGCACGGCAAAGCUCAAGGCAGCUCGAUUCGAUUUGAUCGCCCAGAGGACCGUCUCCGUCAUUGCCUAUGUCAACUUGCUUAAAUGUAUAUGGCUCAUGAAACACAUGGAAGGAUACCAGGCCAGUGAGGGCUCAGAAUUAUCUCAUUGGCCAUCAUAUGUGAGGGCGCUAAAUCAGGAGUUAUCACACGAGUGCAGGCGGUUUUCUCCGGAGUGUAUAGAUCGCAUAUUUGCCCCGGACUUGUCACGCGCAAGAUUAGAGCAAUCUGUAUUCCAUAUUUGGCCGGAAAUUCGACGAACUAGUAAUCUUCCCUCUGGACAACAUCGAAAGCGUGCGAUGAAGGAAAUCAUCACUGUACCCCUUCAGAGUGACUCGCCGAAUGUAGUAACAUCUCUACGGUUUUUACAAAUUUUGAACGAUAUGCCUUCCCAGCAUUGUUUGAUUGUUACAGCUGAGGAGCAGCUGGAAAACGGGAUGGUUAUACCUGAGAGGCGUAUAAUUGACGUUAAUCUCGAAUCCGCAAGUUUAAUUCCGCUUUACGCAAUGCCCACUUUCUCCCGCGAUACCAACGACGUCCUACUGAGGACGCCCGGUGAAGAUAAUAAAAUUUCCUUUCCUUCCAUGAAGGAUCUCCUCCGGUUCCAGCAUGCCUUCACAGGGUACAAGCCAUACCUAUCCUACUCGCAACCAGAUGCAAAAGUUGCCUUCGUAGUAUCCGACGAAAAACCAAUCGUCGAAGAUGCCGUUGUACAACUCUGGAUACCCAAGCGAUUGCAAGGAUAUUUUGUCAAAGAGGAACAGAGUCGGGCCGAAGAACCGUGGGUAGAAAAUUACGACAUACUUCCAACAAGUCCAAUAACAGUUCCGAGAAGCAGUGUUCCGCCCAGCCCACUCAACAUGUUUUCUGGGAGCCCACAAAGCCUGUUCUCUGCGGCAAACCGUUCUAGUACACAGCCGGCUGACCAACGAUCACUUGGCUCCUACAGUAGUUCUACAGCUCCGUCUGAUUCUAGCCGAGGGUCAAUGGGUAGUGGGGAUCAUGCAGGCAUGAAUUUUCCGUCGCUAACGCCUUACUCCAGCCGAAGGAGCUCAACAAUGACCAGUAUCUCCAGUAAAACCAGCCAAAGCGCAGUAACUGUAGUUAACAUGGGCGAUACCAAUGGCUUCCUCCAUCAAAAACCGAAAAGGCCGUUGCUUGUGAUUUUUUCUAGGAGCGUUGUUGGCGCGAACGAGUUAGCAAUUACGGCGAUCAAAAUCGAUGACAAAACAGCUGUGAAUGUAGAACGGUGCGACUGUCGGAAAGCUAAUAGCUCGUGUGCUAUCACGGCCAUCGAGCAGGCCAAAGGAAAAUCUUGCCUGGAAGCUCAGCGCUUUGUCGCGAAUGAGGGGGUAGCAGAUUUCAACAUAGCGGGACUAGGCUUUACCCGUCGCAAAGACUACCCUCAUGCGGCAUUUAAGGGCUUAAACCGAAUAAGCAUCUCUUUCAAAAACCCUCAUGAACGCAAAUCGUUCGGGGGUUAUAAAUGUUCGUGCAAGUUGGACACAUGGGGCAAUUUCAAUAAUUGUAUCGGAUCGGGCCACCAAGGUAUCUUUGGCGAAGUUAGAGCAAUUGGUCAACAGGAGCUUCGGGCCUACCAUCGGGCAUCCGAGGGUCACGCCGAUAUCGUUAUUGGUCAAGCACCGCCUAGAGUGUGAUGGUGAAUAUCGGAGGAAUUUGUACCAGCACCGUCCUUGUUUUUCCAAAAUAUACCCCCUUCUCUCUUUUAUUAGCCAUGGCGUGGUAGUUUUUUUUCUUAGUUAGCAUGCAACACAAUCCGGAUUUUGAUUUAGACUUGCAAGAAGAAAAUCCAUGUUCUGUCAGUAACUCUUUGAGCGUUUUCAACGCGCUGCUGCCUGUCUGUCAAAUCUACUCUCUCAAUCAUCAGAUUCCACAAAUUGCCUAUUCUGUCUUCUACAUGUCUUUCGUUACAAAUAAACUAGCAACAGAGUGCACACGGAGGCUUACUGAAGAACUGAGAGACUCAUCGGGAGGAGAGGGCCUCACGGGGCACGGGCUUGAAAAAUUCUAAACGACCAGGUGUACCUGGGACGAAAAUCUGAGCAUUUAUAGUUAUUAAUAGUGAGGGUAAUCCUGCAUAGAUCAGUCUGCUGCUUAUACCACUAUUGCUGAGCGGGGAAGCCCCAUGUAAUUAUUAACUUAUAUACAAAUGACAUAGUAACCCAAAAAGGCUACCCAUAUGGUAGUUAGCAGUAGACGAACAUAACCAACGCCCCUACCUUGCUCCCCAUCUCUCCAUUCCUUAUUCAGAUCAUGAACAAUUAGUCAGAAAUCCCAUGUAUCUUUCCCCAUUAUUGAAACAUAUGAGCAUGCCGCCCGGACACCCGUUAAUCCAUCAACGCUACACCAAACAGACAUUUUUUUUUUUUCCAAAAAAAAAGACAAAUAUGGAAUAAAUAUACAUACAUACAUACAUACAUACAGACAGACAGACAAAUCAGAACCUCAAACUCCAGGGCACCCCGCAAAACGCAGACAAACUAAGUAACAGAGAAAGAAAAAUCAUCACCGACAACUCCCAAUAGAGCGAUCCAGCACUCUAAAAAUCUCCAUACUGCCCACCUGGCACGGCGCGCCGCCGGGUGAACAACCCAGCUCUGCACGCACGGAGUCCGCGUCGCCGUGUCCGCGCAUGCUCGCGAUGAUGCUCGCGGCGACUUCGCAGGAUGUCGAGUCGAGUGUGGUGUCUGUCGGGCUGGAAUAGGGGGCCUGAGUGUUUGGGAGUUGCAAUUGGGGUUGGUUGGCGUGGGCGUGGGCGUGGGACGGGGAUGGGCGGUACGGGUGCGGUUGGGUGGAAGGGACUGGUGGGUGGAGUUGGAGGGGGAGUUGGAGUGAUUGUUGUUGUUGUUGUUUCUGCUGCUGUUGCUGGUGGUUUUGUUGUGGAGGCCCCUGGGGGUAUCUGGACGCUGCAUAGGGUAUUGGGGUUGCGUAUGGUUGGUAUGAUGAAGGCUGGGGUUGACAUUGUUGGUCGUUAUUUGUGGGCGGGCCAAGACUUGCGCUCGUGAAGCUGGCGGUGGGGGAGUACAUUGAGGAGGUGGAGGUGGAAAUGGAGGCGGAGGCAGAGCUAGGUAUAUUUUGACCGCUGGGGGAUUCGACGUAUUGGGGAGAAGGCUGGACGGUAGCUUGCUCUGCUGGAUAGUAGGAAGGGUAAUUAUCUAGUUGAAUUGAAGGCUGAUUCUCGUUCCGGCCUUCAUUUUGGUUCUGGUUCAUGGUAUUUGGAAACACGGCUGUCGUGGGAGUGG